AUGUUAGAUAAAAAAGCAGACAAGAACCAUACACAUGAUUUCUUCACAACUGUUGCUAUAGAAAGUAUUGAAGGAACGGUUGAAGGAACUGGUGGGGAUGCAUUAUAUUGUAAACCUCCUAACUUUCCACAAGGUUUAACAUCGGAUGACGACAUAACGACGAUGAGAAACAUUAGAUGUAAAGAUGUUUAUGUCAUGAAGGAUGAACAUAAUAUUAAAUUCACUGCUCAAGAUUUAUAUGACAAGAAAGCAGACAAAACAGAGCUUCAAACAUUAAAGACUCAGAUUCUUCAAACAUUAUAUCCUAUAGGCUCUAUUUAUACUUCAAUGAACUCAACAAAUCCAGCAACAGUUUUAGGUUUUGGUACAUGGCAGCAGAUUGUAGACAAAUUCUUAUACUGUGCUAACUCUUCAAAGCAAACAGGAGGUUCGAAGAAAAUUACUGAAGCAAACCUUCCACCGCACACUCAUACAGGAACUACAAACUUUUCUGGCGACCAUAGCCACUCAUUAAGAGACCACCCAUUAUACAACUCAGAGUAUGAAGCUGGCAAUGACGUUUAUCUCCAUCUUAUAACAAUGCAGCAAAAAAAGACUUUUCGACCAACUGAACCAGGAGGAAAUCAUUCACAUACUUUCACAACAAAUCCAACAGGCUCGGGUGCAGAUUAUAUGCCACCAUUUGUGACUAUAUUCGCAUGGUACCGCGUUCAAUGA